GUUCUUCUAAAUCUGGCCUUGUGUCAGCUGAAAGCGGGCAAUGCCGAGUUCGCCGCAGACAACUGUUCGCAGGCUCUCACCCUGGAUCCGGGUUGGGUGACGGCAGUGAGUGAUGAGGCCGCCGAACACACACGAGUUCGCGGACUGGUUCACAGCUCCGUGAUCCUAAACAGUUCCGAUGUAGCCAAAGCUCUGUAUCGACGCGCUCAGGCUUAUUUACGCACCGGAAAGACAGAGGAGGCAAAGUUGGAUGCACAAAAUGCUGUUCGAUUGUACUCAUUGACUCAGUCAAACGAUACUGGCGACGGCCCGGNGGCCAAAGUCCAAUCGGACAAUACGGCAGCCAUUACAGCCUGUGAGGCGCUGAUAACACAGGCGGUCGAAAGAAUGUCCCGUGACAAAGACAUUUUGGUGGAAAGAAUUCGCAAGCGGCGGAAUGAGUUCUAA